AUGGAUGACAUCCAGCUCUGCAAGGACAUCAUGGACCUGAAGCAGGAGCUGCAGAACUUGGUUGCCAUCCCAGAAAAAGAAAAAACUAAGUUGCAGAAGCAGAGAGAAGACGAGCUAAUCCAGAAGAUCCACAAACUGGUGCAGAAGAGAGACUUCCUGGUGGAUGAUGCGGAGGUCGAGCGAUUAAGGGAACAAGAAGAAGACAAGGAAAUGGCUGAUUUCCUGAGAAUCAAGUUAAAACCUCUAGACAAAGUAACCAAAUCUCCAGCCAGCUCCCGGGCAGAGAAGAAAGCAGAGCCCCCACCUAGCAAGCCCACAGUGGCCAAGACGGGGCUGGCGCUCAUCAAGGAUUGCUGUGGGGCCACCCAGUGCAACAUCAUGUAGCCCCCAUGUGGGGUGCCCCCAGGGCCGUGGGGACCUCCUCCCACCCUCUUGUCUUCAUAGCCCCCACUUCAUCGGGGCCCAAGAGCUCUCCAAGGCAGAAGGGGUUGAAGGCAAGCCUGUGACUGCUGCCAAGGGCCGUGGGUGUGGUGGGCAGGCCCAGCCGUCCUGUAUAGAGUGUAUCAAUAAGGAGUUCCUCACUGUCGCAUGGCCCUCCCCAGAGCAUGCUAAACCCAGGAGUUUGUCUCACUGUUUAUCCAACCACCAGGAAAGGUCCUCCUUUGAAAAGGUAUAUCUCCACUUCUAUCUAGUUGUAUCUAAUCCACCUGUGAAUGGACUGGGAGAGGGGCAUGGUUCCCUGGUGUAUACAAUUGUGACUUCUCAACCACCUGGCACCAUGUUGGACACAUCCUCCAUUCACCCUCCGAUCUGCUGUCAGGCCUGCCCCCAAUGGGAAUAGCCCAUCCCAUCUGUCCCUUCCCCAGGGGCUGUGUGCCCUGAAGGGCUCCACAUAGCCCACAUGUCUCUCAGGCGCCAUAGGUGUGGCAUUCUUGGGGACACAGAGGGCCCAUCUGUAAAGACUGUGCUUCUGUGUGUGGUAUGAUGGUUACAUCUCCCACUUUCUCCUAGCCUGUGUCUGUGCACAGUUCAUAUCUGGAAUGUGUGCACUGCACUCUUGGCUCUUCCUUCCCUUGCUGUGUCUG